AUUUUCCAGAACAGCCUUUGAAUCCACCAAGUAUGGCAAUGUUCGAAGAAAGAAAUAACCGAAACGAUGUAACUGUUUCCGUAUUUGUGAAAUCACUGAAAGAUCUGAUGAAAAAUGAAGCCUUCCAUGUACAUAACAUAGCAUUUGGACUUAACGUCGCAAUAUAUUGCGUUAUUGGAACAUUUCUGAAUCAAUUGGUAUUGAGUUACUUCCCAGGUGCCCAAGAAGACGCUGGAAGAAUGGGUUCGUUGAUGAUAAUUGCUGGUAUUGGAGGAUCAGUAUCAACAGGAAUCAUACUUGAUAAAACCCAUAGAUUCAAAGAGACAUCUUUUAUCACUUUCGUAUUGGGAACCAUUGGAUUAGGAGGAGUUUUGUAUGCCCUAACGGCUCAAAAUAAGUGGUUGUCAUAUCUGGCAAUUACUAUGUUUGGGAUUUUCCUGAGUGCUUAUUUACCGGCCGGAGUGGAGUUUGCUACAGAAAUAACAUAUCCUUCACCUGGGGGUACAGUGCUAGGAAUUCUAUACGCCACAUCGCAGGUUUUCACCGUCAUUCUCACCAUUAUGUUUGGAGUGGUUUUAGCAAAAUUUGGAACAUUUUGGGUCCUCAUUGGUAUGAUGAUUACGAUGGCAUUGGGAAGCAUUUUGACAAUAAUGACGCCGAACAAACUGAAGAGGCAGGAAUUUUUCAAAAUAAAUAACGGCGUGACAUUCACGCAGCUUCCCCAGGUGGAUAAUAGCCAUUGGGGAUGAAGAAAAUUGUUUUAUAGAUAUAGUAUAGGUACUGUGUACCAAACAAUUAGUAUAAGGUUAACUUGAAUGAAUUAAAAUCAUUAGAACACAUAUACUAUUCCUGAGUGGUAUAUAAAAAUUUGGCGAAUAUUUACUACAACCAAAGUUGAGGUUGCAAUCCUGUUUAUGUUUUUGCUUAAAAACUCUCACGCGCGUGAGAGUUGAAUAACCACGUUUUUAGAUUUCAGAUGUAUUAGUUAAUUUUUAUACUUGAUAAUGGGAUAAAACCGAAAACCAGUCGUUAAAAUUAAACAAUUAGUGGGAAUUA